AUGCCGGUUGAUCGUCUCCUAACGACGCUUUUGCGGUCACUGCAGACUUACACAGACCAACAAGACACUCCUCGGUUCGCAUCUCGAGUCCCGUCCUGCGCGCAUCAUACUGACAACCUCAGGAUCCUCGGAACAGCAUCUUCACUUCUCACAUCUCUGGGAAACCCGCACAAUCUCAGCCUCCUCACCUCGCAUCUCCUCACCGCGCCUGCUUUUUGGGACCGGCCCGAUGGCGUCCGAACCCCCUUGCGCCUCCUCUCCGUCUUCCACGCUGCUGUCACGACCAUCGUAAACUACCACAACGAAGUACGAUGGAAGAAAGCCCCCAAACCUGAGCCGGGCCAGCUUCCCGUGGGCGGGGGCCUGUCUCUAGACGAAUGGAUCCGUGCCGUAGUGGCUGGCGCAGACGACCGAAGCCAAAGAUGGAAGCACCUCAUCGUUCUUGGAGGGCUUCUGAUCGGCAUCGGAAGUCUGGAAGAGCAAGGAAUGGACCUCUACUGGGCCUCUUCCAUGAGGAAACUGGUGGAAGGCGCCUUGGUGCGCGCCACAAACCUGGCGCUGGUCGAGGUCAGGGAGCGGAAUGAGGUGGAUGGACUCGGAGGACAGACGAUUACCCUGGCACUGAACCAUGCAUUUGGAUGUCUUGCCGAUGUAGAGAGAGCACAAAUAGACUACGAUCUGCUGCUACCGGUACUGAUUGGUACUGCAUACUACUCGAGUGAAGGCUUCCAGUCGGCAUACUUCCUCGGAGGGUUGGACCUCGACGUGCAGGUAGCACAGUCAGGGAAGCUGGAUUGGAGUACCCGCUCCAGCUCCUACAGACAGGUCGAAGGCAUCAUGAAUCGACCCCUUGUGGCCUCCAUGGGACCCCUGUCAAGGCUCAUUGCACAUGCAGUGGAGAACGCGAAGAAUCCAUGGAUCAUCCAAACAAUGAUGGACGACCUGGCGAGCUUCUCUCGAGCACUCACGACUCAGUGGCGACAGAUCAAGUUCUCUGACAUCGAGCCUGCGGAGGAGUCGGCGCAACUAGAGGAUGAAGCGCUCCAUCGCAGCACGCCGCAACUGUGGAAGCUGCUCAAGGCCGCUCUAUUCGCAACUACCAUCAUUCUCCGCGGCGUAUUUACUCGGACUUUGCGCGACCGAGCACUUGCAGCCGAUGCGAUAGCCCCCAUGCUAGCAUCACAAGCUCUGCAUACCCUCCGACAUCUCUACUUCAUCACAUCCCGAUUAGGUCCAGCAUCUUUCUCCCAACAUACCUUUGUCUACUUGACAGCCAUCGACAUCCUUGCUGCCUACCCAAACCACACAGACAAAUUCCUAAAAUCGAUCGCACCGCAGCAGCUUGGCCACAUCCCACGACACCCACUUGACCGCAUAUUGGAUCUUUACUUCCUGAACACGGCAGAGCACUUCACGCUCAUACUUUCAACUAAGACGAAUGAAGACCUGCUGGUAGCUUCAGCGAUGCCAUACCUAGCAGCAGGAGAGAAUCGACAUAUGCUGCCCGUCUUUGAGGCUGCGCACAGUGUCAUGCUCGCUGUACUCACCGCACCGCAAUCCGCAGAAAUCACUGCAAAGCACCUGCCGUUUUACAUCGACGCGCUGUUCAGUGUCUUUCCCCACAAUCUUUCGCCACGACAGUUCCGACUGGCAUUCAAGACUUUGAUGCGUGUGACGGCGCCACCAUCAGCACUUUCAGCUACCCAUCCAGAUCUGCCUGCAACAUUACUGGAGCUUGUUUUCCACCGAGCAUUGAGCGCACCAGCGCAACCACUCCCGCCCGAUGAGACAGCUCUUGCACUCCAAGGCUCAGAUGCGCCGCCUCCUCCACUUUCGGAACAAGCCGUGCUCGCUCUAACCCUCAUCGACGCUCUUCCAAUGCUUCCUAUCCCGUUGCUAGAAGAGUGGCUCCCGUUAUGUGCCGACUUACUGAAUCGCAUUGAAGACGAUGACAUGCGAGAGAUUGUGAAAGCAAGGUACUGGGAAGUGCUAGUGAGUGGUGAGAUGGACCCGGAACGCAGCAGUGCAUCAGUCACAUGGUGGACCACAAGAGGAGGACGAGAAUUGGUCUUAUUUGGAAGAGAAAACAUGCAAUAUGGCAUGAUGAGUGGAGCAUUGCCAGUCGAAGAGAGAGUUGUGCGAGAAAGCAAAUUGUAGGAUGAUACCCGUCGACUCAAAGUCUGACAUAAAUGACACAGCAACUUUCGA